AUGGCUGAACAUCAGAAUUAUGUCCUGAAAGUCACCGCAGGCCGCGACUAUGAUCUCAAGAACCACCAAGACGUGCAUGUCAACACCGCCAAGCCAGUGGAUAUCUCCACCGACGACAUUGACGCAAGCAUCAACGUGCGCAUACAGGACUACAGGGGUCUUCCAAAAGACUCUCCUGCAACAUCGCCCUACUUUUCCAAUGAUGGGCACAAGUACGACCGCUACAGCAUUGCAUACACUUUUCGCUUGAAAAACGAUGUUCCUGGUGAUAAACUAGUCUUCGGAAAUGACUUUGACCACCCCAUCCGCGACCGCUUGCCUCCAGGCUUCAAUCUUGCAUUCAGAUAUCUCAAGAGCUGGAUAGACCCUACAAUCGAAGGGGAUAUCAAUGCUGAUGAGCCCUAUCUCUACGCACCGGUUCUUGGCUCGAUGAACAGGUUGCAGGUCGGUUCGAAAGGCCAAAGUUUAAAAGAGACGAUUGCGGGUGCCGGAGAGAAGCUUGGUGAAGGCGACGAUGCCAUAACUGUGAUCGAGGAAGGUGCACAAGGGGACGGGGAGGAUGUGCGCAAAGAGAAGAGCAUUCCAGAUGCACCUAAUGCCCGAAUGAAGCACUAUGCAUAUGAGCAGUACAGGAAGGAGUUCACCUUCGAGAAAGAUCGGCCGUACGCAUGCGAUUUCUUCAACUCAUAUCUGGAUUUUAAUGAAUUUGCCAUCAAACUCCCAAUCAUCACCGUUCCUAUUGUCAGAUACUGGGACGGGCAGCCUUUGCGAUAUGUACUCAAAAAUCUUGAGACGAAUGAACCACUUUUCGUGAUUCACUUCACCCUCAUCCCUGCCGAUCAGCUCGAUGCCGAAGAUGCCAAUGACAACGCAAGAAAACAGCUGGCAGAUGGAGACAAAGAGUCUGAACAUGGUAGUGGAGCAAGUGCUCCCGCCCCGAAUGACGCAGACAUUGACUAG